AAAACUGCCCUAACCUUCAGAUUGAGGCAAUCUUCAGGCAAAGUGUUUUCUACAUUCAGCCCCAGGAGCUGAUUCCUGUUCUGUAGCUUUGUGAAGGAUUGUAUUUGAGCAUCACUAGUGGAACUCACCUGCUUCUUGACUGGACAUCAGAGCAAAACUUUUGAAGAUAUUUUUCAGUUAAAAACAAUAAUGAUUUUUUUGGAAUGUAGUCUCAGUAAAGCAUGGUUUCUGUGUAGCUUAAAAGAAUACCCAGCUACCAUCAGCACUUCUGCAGAGGCCUUCUAAAAUCCACUUUACCUGAACAAUUGAAUGAGUCAGUUGGUCAGAGGGAACCUUAACAAUUGUACAUAUCACUUCAUUUUCUGGAAGAUUCAAUUACUGCUGCUCAGAACUGCUGCUGAAAGAUGUCUAAGACCUCAGAGUUCAUCAAUCUCUCAUUUUUAUUAGAUCAUGAAAAGGAAAUGAUCCUGGGAGUCUUGAAGAGAGAUGAAUAUCUGAAAAAAGUAGAGGAAAAGAGAAUAAGAAAGCUGAAAAAUGAACUCUUAGAAGCAAAACGUAGAAGUGGGAAGACCCAACAGGAGACCAGCAGAGUCUGUGUACACUGCCAGAGAAACCUGGGCCUAAUCUUUGACCGAGGAGACCCAUGCAAGGCCUGCUCACUGAGGGUGUGCAGUGAGUGCCGGGUCGUGGACCUCGAUGGCAGCUGGAAGUGUACUGUGUGUGCCAAAGUUGCGGAGCUAAGGAUCAUAACUGGCGAAUGGUUUUAUGAAGAAAAAGCAAAGCGUUUCAAGCAAGUCAAUGUUCUAGGCACUGAUGUUGUCCGACAGUCAAUCUUAAGAAGAAGCCCAGGAUCUGGAGAAGUACAAAGCCAAGACCAAACCCGCCAGGAUGGAGAAAAAUCAGACACUUCACCUUCUGUUGGGCAGAAGGCCAGCCAUGAUGGUCCCAAGAGAAAAGGAUUUCUUCUUAGUAAAUUCAGAUCAGCUACCAGAGGAGAAAUUAUAACUCCAAAAGCUGAAAGUGGGCGGAGCUACAGCUUGGAUUUAGACAGUCAAAAUCUUCGGAGUUUAAAAUCAACCGCUGGUCCAGAAAGGGGAAGCCCCUCAUCAGAUCUCAUUGAUCAGGAAACUGGAUCUGGUACUCUGAAGAGCAGCUGGAGUAAUGUUGUGGCCCCUGUCCCUCAGAGGUCACCAGCUCCAAGCACACGCAGCAUGACCUCUGUCAGCAGUAAAGAGCAUGGUUUUGAAAAUUCCAUGGGUUUGUCUGCCACUGAACACACCUCUGAGGAGUUGACAAAGAGUCAUCGCAGAAACAUGUCCAGCACACCUUCUAUAGCAGUGUCUGGGACCUCCCUCUCCUCAGACCGCAGUCAAUCGGAGUUACAUUUGAGUGAGUCAUUUACAGAAAACCUAGAGGAAACUGUGAGCAUAAGAAGCAGGUCUGUUCCUGGAGCUUUAGACAAAGACUUGAACUCCUUGGAAGAGCCUGAAGGAGAUGCUGAUGACUUAGCAUCUUCCCAGUUUUCUGCGAACACCUGCAGUCUGGCAAGUGGCCUGUCAACUACCAGCCUUAAUAGCAUGAUGAGUGUUUACAGUGAGACAGGAGACUAUGGUAAUGUAAAGGUCAGUGGUGAAAUCCUGCUCCAUAUCAGCUACUGCUACAAAACUGGUGGGCUCAACAUUUUUGUCAAGAAUUGCAGAAAUCUGGCCAUUGGAGAUGAAAAGAAACAAAGGACAGAUGCUUAUGUCAAGUCAUACCUUCUUCCUGAUAAGUCUCGAAACAAUAAGCGCAAGACCAAAAUCAGAACAGGCACCAAUCCAGAAUUCAAUGAAACACUAAAGUAUACCAUCAGCCAUACCCAGCUGGAAACAAGAACCCUGCAGCUUUCAGUGUGGCACUAUGAUCGGUUUGGUUAUAAUAGCUUCCUUGGAGAGGUGGAGAUUCCUUUUGACUCAUGGAACUUUGAAAAUCCAUGUGAUGAAUGGUUUGUGCUUCAGCCCAAGGUGGAAUUUGCUCCUGAUAUUGGCCUUCAAUACAAAGGAGAGCUGACUGUUGUUUUACGAUACAUUCCCCCAGAGGAAAGUGUCACACUUCCACUAGGACAACUUCAAGGAAAAAAAGCUUCUAAAAAGGGAAAGAAAAAGGAUUCACUUGUAAUCUCUGGAGGAAUACUAGAAGUGUUCAUCAAAGAAGCAAAGAAUUUGACAGCAGUAAAAUCAGGAGGCACUUCUGACAGCUUUGUGAAGGGCUACCUUCUCCCUGAUGAUAGCAAAGCCACCAAGCACAAAACUGUGGUCAUAAAAAAGAGUGUGAAUCCUCAGUGGAAUCAUACUUUCAUGUUCAGUGGGCUGUAUCCCCAAGAUAUAAACAAUGUUUGUCUGGAGCUUACCGUCUGGGACAAGGAGGCCUUUGCUAGCAACAUCUUUCUAGGAGGAGUUCGUUUGAAUUGCGGAAGUGGUGUAAGUCUUGGAAAAGCUGUGGAUUGGAUGGACUCUCAGGGGGAAGAGCAACGACUUUGGCAGAAGAUGGCUGAAAAUCCUGGAACUCCCAUAGAGGGAAUACUUAUGCUCCGGUCCAGCAUGGGGAAGUGUAGGCUCUGAAGAGACAAGUUCUUUAGGAUUGAGGCCUCUAGGAAUUGUCAGGCUCACAUUUCUAAGGAAUAGCGGGAUGAGACUUUGGAUUCUGCUUCCCUGCCAUUUUUCACCUAGGGGCAUUGGGACUUUAGGGACCAUAUGAUAGUGGUGUGAACAUUUAGAGUCUUCUUGCCACAUUCCUAAAAACACCAAGUACUUUUCCUUUCUGAAUGUGACAGUAUAUAGAUGUAAGGCCAGGACUCUGGGAGGCUGAGGCAAAAAGACUGCAAGUUUGAGUCCAUAAAGUGACUUAACAAGACCCUGUCUCAAAAAAUAAAAGGGUCUGGUUAUAUAGCUCUGUGCAUAGGCCCUGAGUUCAAUCCUCAGCACCCCACCAAACAAAAGAGUGCUUCUGUAUGUCUAUGGACUUCUCAGUCUCUUUAUACUUCCUCAAACAAUUUGAGGACAAUGGAUACCACCACAAAGUAGAAAUCCCUGUUAUCCAUAGAAGGCAUGAUAAGGAUAGUUGCUGGGGUGACAGGCUGGUCCUGUGUUGGGAACAAACUUGGGGAUUGAUCAGGUGAGGUUCCAAGAUAGAUCAACAGGGCUUAUUUGUGACUAUAAUUUGUUUUCUAAAUCAAGCUACUUUUGAGAGUAAAAGAGGCUAACUAAUUACAUCCUAACAAUGAUGUAAAUUAGUAAAAUGACCUGGGAAAAUCAGCAUGUAGGAUCAUCCUACUAAAAGAACUCUAUUAUAAACCCUUAUUUUAUAAAAUAUCUAAGCCAUUAAAUACACAAUAAUAAGAAGUAAUGGUCAACAUAUCAUUCACUGAAGAGACUAGUUGCAUUUAAAAGGAGACACUCUACCUGCUGCUUUAUUCCUCUUCUCUGUUGGACCUCACCCUUUCA